ACCGUUCCGAAUCAAACACUUACGACCUACCAUGUUGCGUCGCGGUCUGCCUGCGACUUUGGUCCUUGUGAUCCUGCUGACCUGCUGCAGUCAACCCAGCAAUGCCGUGCGUCAGGUUGAGCUCAGCAAGGAGCAGGUGGCGAGGAUCGCACAGGCGGGUGGAGUUACCUACCAGAAUCGUGUGAUCAACGGCGAGGAUGCGGCACUGGGUGAAGCCAAAUACCAGAUCUCGUUGCAGGGCAUGUAUGGAGGCCAUAUGUGCGGCGGUGCCAUCAUCAGCGAGCGCUGGGUCCUGACGGCGGCGCACUGCGUCUACGGAUACAAUCCCCCCUACCUGCGAGUGGCCACGGGCAUGGUGCGAUGGGCCCAGCCGGAUGCACUGUACUUCGUGGAGGAUUACUGGGUCCACUGCAAUUACAACAGUCCCGACUACUACAACGACAUUGCCCUGAUCAAGCUGAACGACACCAUCAAGUUCAAUGAAUACACGGAGGCCGCUAAGCUGCCAACGGAACCGCUGAAAAAUGGUACACAACUCCUACUCACCGGCUGGGGAUCCACCGAGCUCUGGGGAGACACUCCCGACAUCCUGCAGAAGGCCUAUCUCACGCACGUGGACUACCCAACAUGCCAGAAGCUCUUGAACAAUGAUCCCUUCAAUGGACCCUGCCACGCGUGCACCCUGACCAGCGGCGGCCAGGGCGCCUGCCACGGCGACUCCGGCGGUCCGUUGACCCAGAACGGAGUGCUAUAUGGCCUGGUCAACUGGGGCUAUCCUUGCGCCACUGGAGCUCCCGACAGCCACGCCUAUGUAUAUUACUACCUGGACUGGAUCAGGCGCCUGACAUCCGAGACCUGCAGCAGCAAUUGCGAUUGCUAUGCCAGCAAUUAUCCGUGAAGAGUAAGUGUGAAGUGGUGCUAACUCCAGAUUAGGAAACGAUAACGAUUUCUCAGGAUAACGAUAAAAAUAAAGAUAAAUGUCACAUGUUAAGCCUUUUAAAAGAAAUAAAGGGUUUUUUGAUUGAAAGA